GGUGGCCGGGCCGCCAUGGGCCUAGCCGGGCUGCAGGAGAACGUGUUUGCUGGGCAGUCAAAGAUCUAUGCCUACAUGAGUCUGAACAAAUACUCUGGAAUGCGCUCUCCACUGCAGGAAGAGAACUCGGUCGCACAUCAUGAGGUCAAAUGCCCGGGGAAACCAUUGGCCGGAAUCUAUAGGAAGCGAGAAGAGAAAAGGAACGCUGGGAAUGUUAUCCGAAGCGCUCUGAAGUGAGAACGGAAGAGCAAAGAUACCAGGAGAGGUCCCCUGGCGCCUUUUCCAAACCAAAAAUCUGAAGCAACAGAACCUCCAAAAACUCCACUCCGGUCAUGUGAUUCUACCAGUGUAGCAGUUGCUAAGCAAGCCCUGAAAAAGCCCCUCAAGGGCAAGCAGGCCCCUCGGAAGAAGUCUCAAGGGAAGACACAGCAGAAUAGAAAACUCACAGAUUUCUACCCCGUGCGAAGGAGCUCCAGGAAGAGCAACGCUAAGCUGCAGGCUGAAGAAAGGAAGAAGACAGAUGAGCUAAUUGAGAGCGGGAAGGAAGAUGGCAUGAAGAUUGACCUAAUCGAUGGCAAAGGCAGGGGUGUGAUUGCUACCAAGCGAUUCUCCCGGGGAGACUUUGUGGUAGAAUACCAUGGAGACCUCAUUGAAAUCACCGAUGCCAAGAAGCAGGAGGCUCUGUACGCACAGGACCCCUCCACGGGCUGCUACAUGUACUAUUUUCAAUAUCUGAGCAAAACCUACUGCGUGGAUGCCACUCAAGAAACGAACCGCCUUGGGAGGCCGAUCAAUCACAGUAAGUGUGGGAAUGGCCAGACCAAACUGCAGGACAUCGACGGCGCACCUCACCUCAUCCUCAUAGCCUCCGGAGACAUCGCGGCCGGGGAGGAGCUCCUGUACGACUAUGGAGACCAGAGCAAGGCCUCCAUCGAAGCCUACCCUUGGCUGAAGCACUAA